ACUUCCACCAGAGCCCCCGUUCCCCCUGUCGAUCUCAAAGCCCGCAUCGCAGCCCUCCAGCAGCAGCAAUCUUCCAAAGUCCAGGCCGGAGCGGAGAAGUCUGGCUCUCAAACCCUCCCUAAAGCCAAUGCCGUGACUGGCCCGAAUGCCUUCCGCGAUAGGAUAGCGUCGUUUGAGAAGCAGGGCGCGGUACCGAAGCCCAAAGGCAGAUUUGGUUUUGCGCCCCCUCGCGAGCCGGAUGCAGCCCCGUCCCGGGCAGGGGAGUUGUACGGUAACCGCGUCCCCGGCCUCUCUCGACCGCAUAUACCCGUCCCUGCCGCUGGAGGCAAACCCGACAAACCCAAGCCCAGGGAUCGCAGCAUGUCUCGCAUGGAGCUUGAUCGCUAUGCCUCCAUUCAAAGUCCUCCGGACUCUCCGUUCGUGGCCUCGGACACCGGCGACUCUGCGGGCGACAUUCUGUCCGACGGCGAUCCGGACUCGGCGGGUUACUCUUCCACGCAAGCUGAUGCGCAGCAAAUCAGUCUUGACGCUAUGCUGGCGGAGGUCAAUGCGGAGCGGGCGGCGGAGGCAGCAAGGGAGGAGGCAUGGUUAGCAGAGGUCGCAGCGGCUCAGGCACAAGAGGUCAGCGAACCUGUCCCAGAACCAACACCCGAACCCCCUCGCGAGCCAACACCUCCCCCGCGCGAACCUACUCCAGAGCCGGAACCUAGCCCUGCUGCGCCUGAGAUUGCGUCGCCUGCCAUCGUAGUGUCGCCCACCUUCGACCUUCCUACCCGUACGUCCGAUAAAGCAGCUUCUUCCACGGCAUUCACCGACGACGACGAUUCUAUCUCAGCCGACCAACUGCAGGCGUCCCCAGGAUUGGAUCCUGCCGUCUUGGCUGUCAUUGAAGUGCUUGAUCGUGCCACACAGUCGGGAGAUGAAGGUGCUGUUUUCGUUCCGUCUGCGGUCAAGGAGCAGCUGGCGUCAAUGAACGUCUCGCAGGAGCACCAGAACACGAUCGCCGAUAUGCUGGAUCAACUGCUUCUCCAAGAAGACCUGCUCGAUGUUGCUACCCCGGUCAAGCAGCGGUUCUCGCUCACGGCCUCGCUUUCCUCAAUGGCCGUACGGAGCUAUCUUGCGCAACAGACCGAACAAGCGGCCAAUUUUGCUGAUGCGAAGCCUGUUGUCGCUUCAAAGCAGACUGCUGUCGUCACUCAGUCGUCUAGUCAAAAUCUGGAUCCUAGCUCUCCCGUCAGCCCCGAGCCUGUGUCGCCCGCCAGCGAUAUCCUUUCCGCCUACAUGAUUUCAACCCCGGCAAUUCCCUUUGCCCGCGCCCUCCCUGCCAUUCCGGAGGCCCCGGAUUCUCCAAUUUCACGGCACCCUCGCCGUGGCACGUUCGGCAUGGAUUCAGACACUACUUCCCCUCCUUCCUCCGCACCCAUUCAAACGCCCAGUGAUGCUGGCAAAGGCAUCCCCCCUAGCGCCAUCGCCCUGAAGAAGGGCAGUUCUCCUCCACGAGUCGUCUCCCCUCCUCUUUCGGUUGUCAUCCCGAAGCAAUCUACUCCUAAACCUACACAGGAUGAUAAUGCAAGGAUUAACGCUCCAUCAAACGUACCCUCUCUUGGCCAAGGCCGUCCUCUCCCUUCCAUUGGCUCACGACCACUUCCUGCACCUGCACCUGCCCCUGCGCAUGCCCUACCUCCCCCUCCUGCUCCCGCACCAUCGCAAGCCCUGCCUCCCCCUCCUCCUGCUCCCGCGGUGCAUUUGAACAACUCCGAUGCUUCGUCUCCCCUUUCCAACUACUCCCCCAACUCUGCCUAUUCCGACGGUACCUCCCCUUCGUCGAAUGGUCCAGUGUCAAGGAAACCUUCCUCUCGGGGUCGCAAGACAAACAUAUCCCCGAUCGUCAAUGUACCAUACGAAGAGCCGGUGCUCACACCCAUCGAAGGUCGCAAAGGUUUCCACGCAGUUGUGCACGAGAAAGUCGUUGAGCCUACGAUGAAGAGUCGUCCCGCUAGUGCUAUCAUGCAGUACACCGACAUCCCAUCCCCCACGCCUAUGAAUGCGAAGAACAUGAGCGACCUGGCUGCUCUCUUCGUCGACGCUGCCAUGCUUGAGAAGCAGCUUGAAUCCGGCCGUACACCCAGGAAAGCGCUUCCGAAGCCGGCAGAAAGGCAUAAGGCAACUCCGCCGCCGACCGCGGCUCGUGCUAUGACGCCUGAUCGACGAGGAACUCCCGAACGCCAUGGUACCCCCGAUCGACCCAGGCCCACCCAAGACCUGCCUGAGUCGCCGGAAGACCCAUUCAGCUUCUCCCGCCUCUCGCAGGACCGCUCCUCGUCUUCGCGGACAUCGUCGCAAUUCAAUCCCCAUCAGUCUCAACAUGAACCGCGAUCUUCAACCUACGAGAGCCGACCUUUGCCUAGUCGCCCACCGUCGGACCGGACAAUUAACAGCAAAGCCUCGCGUCCGUCUAUGGACCACGCUCCCUCAAGAGACCGCACCCCCUCAAGACCGUCCGUGGACCAGUCAGGAUCUGCGCGCCCAUCGGCGGAGAGCUCCUCAUCGUCACGGCCGCACCUGCAGCCAAUGUUCCUGAACGCGGAUCCUAAUGCCGUGCGGAUACCUCUACCCGCGCGGCCGAAGAGUGCAAUGGCGACAAGCAGCCAGCGGAGUGCAUCUUCUGCACCAGCUCCUGCGCCAAAAAGUCCUCCAAGCAACAAGCAGGGCAGCACCGGUUACCUGACGAACCUUCUUUCGCGAGCCAAGAGCUCAGGCAAUCUUCGCGAUAGUGCUGGCUCGUCCUCGGAAGACUCGGCCUUGCCGCCCACGCCGCCUUACGACGCGACAGAGACCGCAUCCGUCAGGAGUUCAAAGAUGUUCAAGAACAGCAUUUCGCGCGCGUCCAACUUUGCGGACAGACUGUUGCACAGAAAGGAUGGUAGCAAUCAGAAUGCGGACGUUGCCAUCGCGAAUGGAGAUGACGAUGAUGAUCAGGAGUUCGGCACGCGUGGGUCCCGUACACUGCGGCCCCUUCCUCUGCCUCCCCGUCCAACGCCGCCCCGCGGACUGCCCCCUCCUGUUCCCGGUGGGCCGCCCAACCUUGCCUUGCCACCAAUUCCAGGACAGCAGCAACCCUCCGGCCCUGGCCUGCAGCGUCGCGGCUCGUGGAGGUCCUUCGCGAGUGUGUCCACCACUGAUAUCAACGAGGCGCUCAACAACGUCACCGUGCAUGAUGGCGCAUCCGAACGCACACCCAUCGCCCCCAUUCCCCGCGGACUGCCGCCCGGGCCCAACGCAUACACCCAGCCUCGCCCCGCGCCGACACCCCCUCUUCCACCGCCGAACCAGCCCCUCCCUCCACCACCAGGCGAACCUCUCCGAGCACCGUCAAGAGGAGUGUCCGUG